AUGUCCAAGCGCGACGGCAGCCAUUCAGCCCCCAAGGGAAAGGCAAAGCGGCAGAAGCAGGAGCACGAAUGGUCACCCACGGACGCCGAAGAUCAGGCAUCGGCCCAGCUCCUGUGCGGGAAAUGCUACAAGAAGGCAGAUGCGCACUUGUCCAGCUGCAUGUCGAUGUCGCAGGUUGUCACUAUGCUGCAGAAUGAUGAUGACUUCAAGCGCGGCUUCAAAGAGUCCGAUGACGAGGCGAAGCUCAACCCAGCCGAGCGAAGCUUUGCACCCGAGGAUGUGAGCGACACGCACUUCUUCGAGAUGGUGGAUUACCGCGAGUUCUUGAAGUUGAAUGAAGGCGAGGUCAAAUCUCUGUGUAAGGCGACGCCGAAGAAACUGAAGCUCCACGAGAUCGAGGGCACGAACGAGGUUUGCGAUCAGGAGACGCAGUACCUCAUGAUCGACGACAUCGGCGGCCCCAGGACCGCUCAGUACCGACGCGCGCGCAUCAGCGUUGGCAGAAUGGUUUCGAGGCGCCUCGGGAUGCUCUUCCACGAGGACCACGCGAUAAGUAAACAUGGUGAGCUACUGCAUGAUCAUGCGGUUCGAGGGAUGGUCGACGAUGUGAAGAUACCUCCGUCUGGGAAGAAGAGAAAUCCAGAGCAGGGGAUGGAUUGGCUCCAGCGGGUGCCCAAGCUGUCCAAGGCGCCAGCUUUCAAGGAUGAGGCCCCCGCCGACGACGCUGACAUGGAUGCCGAGGGCGAGGCUGACGGCCCUGCCGCAUCGGAUCGGCGGCCAGGCCGGGGCGGCUUUCAUGGCGGCUCUGCGAGGGCCGCGGCUUCGGGCAGGGGCGAGCUCCGCUCGCGGAAGGCUUCGCCAGGGUCUGCCGCGAAGGGCACCAGCUACAACAACUCCCCGAUGCCGUCGCCGUCCCCGACGCCAGGUGUGCGACGGCCUGGCUUGUCCAUUUCCCAGGGCGGCGUCGGCUCGUCAGUCGCGGGCUCCACCGCGGACCCAGCUGUCCAGGCGAUCUCAGACGACGACGGCGAGAAGGGCGAGGGUGCCUUGGCAGACGCCGACGCGGCCUCCAACGGCGACAAUGGCGAUGGCGAGAAAGGCAGCGGCGAUGACGGGCCAGGUCUGGACGACGACGGCCGUGCCACUGCUACCUCUUUCGACGCGUGCCCCAAGGACACAAAAGGCAAAGCUAUGUACUGGAAGGAAAUGAACGACCUCACAGCGUGGCUGGAGGACAAGCCUCUGGGGAAGGAGGCUAACCAGGCCAAGAGGCUCCUGCGGAAGAUCAGCAACAAGAAGGAGUUUGAGCACGAGCACAAGAUGCUCAAUCGGCACAUGCAGCUGGUGGAUGAUGCGAAGUACGCCAGCGUUGCCAACAUCAGCGAGGCGAGCGAAGAUAAAAUGACAAAGGUCUUUGAAAGGCUGAAGGGCGCCAGGGCCGUCUUCCCGAACAAACUGCAAAUGGUUGUGCUCGAGAGGCGUCUCACCAGGAAGCUCAGUGGCGCGAUCGAGCGCAUGUCAACUGAUGAUGCGAAGCAAAUCUACGACCUUGUCAAGCCGUACGGCCAUGCCGAAAAGACGGAGUUCGACCCCUUGGAUCCGACGGUGUCCUCGCUUUCCUCUUGCAGCCGCCUUGCUUUCUUCAAAGACUUCUUCGUGAAGGGCAUCGUCAUCCCUCUUCUCGACAACGAUGGUUCCAAUCAGCAGCGCCUGAAGGUAAUGGUAAACUACGUCAGUAUCACCAUCAAGCUCGACCUGAGGAGCUCCGCUAUUCCAGAGAGGUACAGCAAUGACUUCUUCGCGCUGCUUGCGGCCCUGAAGGUGAUGCAUUGCGCGCUCCACCGCGAGGGCAUCGAGAUCUUGUCGAGCUUCGUCGGCGAGUCCAUCGCGGAGCUCGACGAAAUGGCAGCUUCCAAGGCUAACUCGGAUGACAUUGCACAGGUCCUCCAUGCAUCAAUCUACGAUUCGGCAUUCUAUUCCUCGGAGCUGGAGGACUUCAAGCGCUACCAGAAGACAGCAUCCAAGUACCUCGAGGACGCCAACGAAACCAUCACCAGCUUGGCGGAUAUUGCAUCGCGCCCUGGCGACGUGCUGCUCGCGAGCUUUGGCGAGGUAAAGCCCGUCCUCCUACACGCGUUCCAAGAGUUUCCGAAGUGGAACGCGUCGUUCCGACCUGGCUACAUGACGCCCGUUGCGCAGCUGAUGGCGAAUACUACUUUGCAGCUCUUCUGUGAUUACGAGCAGUCCAGGUCCCACCCCUCGAAGACGUGCGCGUCGGCCAGUACGGACGACACUAAGCAGCUCGUUGAGCAGGCGGCUGCAUGCUUCCCUUUGGACGAUGACCUGCAGACCAAGCUUGCCCAACCCCACUCCUGGGGGCAGACGCAGAUUUUCGAUCAGAAGCUCAGCGCCUUGGACAACGCGCUGAGCUCUAUCAAAGCUUCGGACGACGUCACUUCUGAACAGUGCGCGGCCUUGAAAGUGGCGUGCGAGAACUUCAGUGGCAUGGAGCCUACUCCGCUGGUGCGCGAGGCGGCCGAACUGGUGUACAUGAGCGUCGCCGCCAGCGUGACGGGCCAUCUGCUGCAGGAUGACCCCGAUGAGGCACAGCAGCGCUUCAUCAAUGAGGGGAUGCUGGCGAUGACGUCGUUGCAGCCUGUCGUCAUCCGCCAUGGGGCCCCCCGCAAGAACAUUCACGAUGCGACCUACAACAUCAUCAGGUACUACCAGAGCGCUCAGGCCAAAGCAGGCGCGGUGAUGAAGCUCGGCUCUGACGACGUGGAGCGCUCGCAGCACGCUGACGCAGAGCAGUGUUGCAAGGACAUCUUCGGCGCCAUCGACGGGUGCGACAAGUUUUGGGACCAGUACAAGGGCUUCAACCCCAACAAGAUCCCCGAGCAGUUCAAUCUGAUGGCGAUCAAGGUUGAGGGCUGGAAGAAGACGGCGAAGGUGUUGAGCGGGCUGGUGGUAGAUGACUGCAAGUUGAAUACGAACAAGACCAUCGACGCCGUUCAAGAGUGUGCUGGCGGCGCCCUGGAGGGCAAGAGCUGGACAGAUGGGCUCCAGGCGUCGGCGAAGAUCGACGCGGCCCUCAAGCACUUCAGCAGCACGCUGUGCUCGUUCGACAUGAAGGCGGGCAAGGCGAAGGUGCAGGCGAUGGAGAAGGCCGUGGGCGCGUACAAGGCCUUGUGCGGCUCGUUCGGCCUCGACCCGAACGCUGCGGUGCUGAGCGAGUCCGAGUCGUGCGCGGCGCUGUGGCACGUCACGACGGCGGAGAAGGCGUGCUGCCUGGCCUUGACGGCGGAGCCCAAGCUCAGCAGGAUGGGGCUGCAGCAGGCCGUGGCCGCAGAGGAGAAGAAGGUCAAUAAGUACGGCGGCUUCGACAAGUUCCAGCCCGCGCUGAAGGAGAGGUGCGUCAAGGCGAUCAGCGUCGACUAG